AGCGCACCGUUUAGGAGUAGAGGGAAUAAUAAUGGGAAACAAACCAGUAACGAGGCUGUUCAUUUAAAGUGCGCCGCAGGUUUUUUGCGCUCUCCUUUAGAACCAACUUUGGACAAGUCGCCGGGAACCUGGUGACCCACUGUGCUGCGUGACAAGUUGUGCAGAGAAAAAAGGGACUUGCAUCACUAUUUUUAAAAGGGUACACUUGGAUUUGGGGGGCGUGGAUGGUGGAGGAGCAGCGCUGAGCAUGCUGGCUGUGAACACACUGUGGUGAUGUGCCGGUUUGGAGAACUGGUGUAACGCGUAGACGCCGGAGCUGCUGGACGCGGAGGAACUGUGCGGUCGCUAACCAUACAGUCUUUGCCAAAGGACUUAGUUUCAUUUUCAAGUCCAUUUUACAGUCUCUGGAUUGUUUUAUUCCACUCGCUAACGUCUGAUGAUACUGAAGACUCUGCAAAAAGAGCACAACGUGACAAAAGGCGCUUAAGUACGCAAGGACUGCUGUGCGCAACGGGCGAAAUCCACAUCAGUGGCUAUCUGAAUGACACUAGUUUGAAGCAAUUGUUUUUCAUUCUGUUGUAGGUAAUUGUUGGAGCUGACGGCGCAUGGUAAAUAACACUGGGCGAGUAAAACUGAUGCCCACAUGACAUUGGGGAUUUUAAAGCUGCCUCAAGUGACACUGAAGUGAUCUCCUUCAUUUGUAAAUAUUGACAGGUGUCACACUCAAACGGAUUGCAUUAGGUUGAGCUUUUAAUUGACUUUUUUCGGCACAGUUGAUACAUCCUUUCGGCUGCUCCAUCUCGGACUCACACCAAGGUGAGGAAUGGUAACCAAACCUUUCAUCAUGGAUGAUCCAAAAAUUGCAUAGUCCGCUUGUUCCGACUACUCAAAGAAAUCACAACUUGUGAUUAAGUGUCUUAUAAUGCGAUUGAAAGGCUGAAUGGGAAAGUGAGCCCCACUGAAGUGUCCUAUUCCCUCCGAGUAAGAGCCGAUACUAAGAGUAGCCAAAAUGACAAGCAACGGACCUGUCAUCGUCUACGAGUGGCUGAAGACGCUCCAGCUUGCUCAGUAUGUCGAGUCUUUUGUGGACAACGGCUACGACGAUCUGGAGGUUUGCAAACAAAUAGGCGACCCGGACCUGGAUGCCAUCGGCGUCUACAUACCGCACCACAGGCAGAGGAUCCACGACGCGGUUAGAAGGCUGAAAGAGGAAGAUAAAGAGACGGCCAGUGGACUGUACUUCACCCUGGAGCCGAUGCCCCCAGCGUCCGAGGUUUACACCAGUCACAUGGUGGACCAGUAUGAGUCCAAACUGCGGGGAUCCAAGUCUUGGACCGAGCCUAACAGCGACCGGGUCGGGCGCAACGGUGGGUACAUGGGCGCGCAGAGGAACCUGACGCUGGGCAACCGGAGGGAGCUGGUGAUUUACCCAAAGCUGAAGCUGAAGAUCAUGAUCAGGGAUAAACUCAUCAGAGAUGGCAUCAAUCUCGCCAAGCCGCCCUACUCUAAUAAGGUAAGACGAACAUGA